UUACCUCUUGCUCCUCCACCACGCUAAUCGCCAUCGCCAUCGCCGUCGCCUCUAUUAGCCUUGCCAAUCGCCACCGCCACUAGUAGUCUUGCCGGUAAUCGCCGCAUCUUCUUCGCUCGCUGAUUUGAAAAUUUACUGACUGGAAUAGAGGGAGAAUUUUCCUUGCUGCAAUUCAAACGACGCUGCUCUCCUCUAGCUCCCUUCGAACUCGCACUCGCAAGGGCUUACCAGUGCCAUCAAAAUGAUUGGUGCAGUCAUCUUUCUACCUUCUCACGAGGCAAUUAUUGUUCCAAAUGGGGAUUUACAUGACAAUGCGGAUUUCCAACACUCACAGCCACUUGAUGUCGAUAUGGAGGCACCGAGGGAGGCAACCCCCCAAUCUAGUGUCGUGCCUAGUAGACACCCUCGUGGCUUGACGCGCGGGUUGAAGGUUCAAGCAAUGGUUCAGAAAGAUAGAAAGCUCAAAGUUCCCAUACCAUAGGAGUAUCGUGCGCCCGUGGGGGAUCAUGCCUCUCAAUUAGUCUCCAAAAUUGGUGUUGAGGUCCAAACACACUUGCCAGACUUUAGCAUUCACAAGUGGAAACAUGCCAAUGAAGAAGUUACAGCACCUAUGUUUUAGCAUCUAACAGUAAAAGUUUUAUAUAAUUGAUUGAAUUAAUGUAAUAUAAUUAAUUAUGACUUGCAAGAUUUGUGGUUGUUGCUAGGAUCAAUUUGACAUGGAAGGUGAAUCCACAAAUGUUAGCAAAGCGGUGGCAACAAAGUGUAGACGGAGCUUGAGCACCCAUACCUACAGACUACGAAUAAAAUACCUGAACCUUAAAAGUGCUAAGGGAGAAGAGUAUGCUAGAAGCCACCCACCGCCUGAAUGUGACCUCGAGAAAUGGAAAAACUCGAUUGACAAUAAGUGGAAUGAUACUAAUUGGCUGAAGCAAUCAAGUGCUAACAUUGGCAAUAGAAAUCAAUUGAAGACGAAGCAUAGGUGUGGGUCAAAAUCUCUCCCAGCUAGGGUACACGAGGUGGAUAAUAUGAUAAAGAUCCAAGCUGAACAUUGCUCCCAACCUGGUGCGGUUCUAAUUACUCUGGAGGAGCUAUCUCUGAAGGUGCUGAAGCCAAGGUCGGGACAUGUUAAAGGACUUGGGUUGAGGCGUUCCUUCUCUGUCAGGACUACCAGUGCUUCGACUGACAGUGACUAUGUGAGGCAUCUAGAGAUGGAAAUACAAGAGAAAAAUGAGGAAAUUCAGUCACAAAAAGAGGAAAUUCAGCCACAUAAAGAGGAAAUUACAGCACAAAAACAUGAAAUUCAAGCACAAAAAGAGGAAAUUCAAGCACAAAAUAAAGAGAUAGGGAAGAUGAAUGGGUCGAUUGACGAGCAUUUUGAGAUCACAUCAAGCAUCAUGGAGUUUCUUAAGAAGUAAGGUUUCAAAGGACAAUUUAGAGGAGGAGGUAUCCCAUGAACUCGUACAUCGCCUUUUUGAUUGGUUUUGAUGACGUUAGGAAGCAUAUAGUUGCAAAUGAAGAUCAACUGUUGAAUUUUUUUCCCUAAACUGAUGCUUAGUUGUAGUUGCAAAUCAAGAUUGAGUGUUGAUUUUUUUUGUGGACUCCACGUUAGUUCAUUUUGGGAUUUGCUUUAAUGGUUUUUUUGUUA